CUAUAAUUAAGAAACACAUUUUUAAGAUUAAGCUCUAUAUAUGAUCAUUUAAAUAUUUUUUAUUUUAGCGCUCUUGCUUCGCUUCUUGAAUGCACAGUAAUGCUCUUUACUAAAUGAGCAUAAUAUGUAUUGCCAUUAGAAUCCUAUUAUUGGAUAUCAGAUAAGCCAGAAAUAUAACUACUAUAUUACCUACGAAUAGCAAGGAAUAAUAAUUGCCUGGGAUUAUAAUUAAAAUUAUCCUCUCAAAUAACAAGAUAUUAAUGUUAAAAACAUAAAAUACGCUAAAAUUACUGAUAGUGACAAUUCCUUUAUGGUUUACUCUUCUGAUGGGAUUGUUUCUUUUUUUAAUUUAUGGGACUUUUCCUUCAAAAACAGCACUUAAAUACCAAACCAAAAUUAACUUCCAUUAAUAUAUUUAGAAUCAAUUGGUUACUUGGUUCAUCUAAAUGUUCUUAAUUAUUAGCUUACUUUGCUCAGCACUUGGAAACAAUAAUAAGUAGAAUAAAUAAUACUAGAUUUAUCAAAUAUAUUAGGUUCGAACAAUAAAAUUUUGAUUUUUGAUUCUCUGAGGUAACAAUUUAAACCAGCUUUUAUAGUUAGUACAGGGGAAAUUUAUUUGAUUGAUUUAAAAUCACAAAGUUACAGUCUACUAACAAAAAUCAUUUUUUCAAAAGGAGAUAACAUAAAGGACGCCAAAUAAGUUAAUAGCAAAUUGCUUUUUGUUUUGAGCAGCUUAGGCAACAUCUAUUUUUUUAAUAUAGAGUAAUCUCAAAAUAUAAUUUAAUUGAAUUCAAGUUUAGAUCAAAAUUAAAUUAUACAGCAAAUAAAAUUGAGUUAUUUAGAUGAUAAUUUAAAUUCAGUAUAUUUUAUAGGAAAAACUUAAGUUUUUUAUUUCGAUAGCAAAUCCCCAACCUAAAUACUUAGUUUCGAAGUAUUUAAUAACCAAAACAAAGAUAAUAUUAAAUAAAUAGAUAUUUAUUAAUAACAAUUAGUAUUUAUUAAUGAAGACUAUGAAGUUUUUCUGUUUUCAAAUAAUAUUUUGAGAAAAAAUAAUAAUUUUAUCUAUUCCAAAAAGAACAAAAUACAUUUUACCUCUAUUAAUGCUCUAAAUUAUGCUCUUUAUUUUGAUGAUCCUUCUGUUGGAUUAAUUAUUUUUGAUAUUACUGAUUCAAUUCGUCAGAUUUACCAAUGCUAUAACACUACAGAGGUUGAUAAAGAUGUUUAUGGAGUUACAAUACCAACUCUGACAUAAUAGUAUUAAUUUUAAUACGGACCAUAUUUAAAUUUAGAUAGCAAAAACUAGUUAUUACUUAAAUAUUAUCAAAAUAGUCUUUCUCUAUUUAAUUUAAUUACAAAAUCAUUCUUAUAUGUGAAAAAAAAUUAAGAGCUAGUUAAUAUUUAAAUAAAUCAAUUCAAUAUUAUAUCUGCUGUUAUACUAUCUUAGAAUACAGUUUUGUCGUUUAAUUAUUUCACAGGAUAAAUAAUUACUAAAUACAAAUUUAUGUGCAGUAUAUAAGAGAUGAUUACUUUAUCUACAAGACCAUCUAUUAUUGUAACAAAUUCAUUUCAAAAAUAAACAGAUUCUAGCUGUGAUUCUUAAGUAGCAAUUAUAGACUUGAGUACUUAAAACUAUUAAUAAUUAGAUGGCAUGCUUCCAGAAAUUAAAUCCUAAAGCCUGUUAAGAGUAGGAAUAUCUGAAUAGUAGAAUGUUGUAGUUAAUUAGAUAAAUGUGAAAAGAGAUAUUUUAUUUGCAGGCAUAAAUUCUUCCAUCAUAAUAUAUUAUUGUUAGUGGACAUCAAGCUAAACAGGUUCCAACAACUAGUAUUCUUGCUAAUUUGCUUAAAGUAUUAACUUUAAUAGUGUUUAUUAAGCACUACAAAUUGAGUAUGAUAUGAAUUAUAAUCUCUCUUUUGUUUUAUUUAGAGAUUAAAAAUCUCUUUCAGUGUUCAGCUUGAACUCAACAUCUGGGAAUUUAAUAAAGUAAAGCUAAUACGAGUUUUAGAUUUAGUCAUUUACUAUAAUUCAGCAAUCUACUGGUCUUAUUUUUUUUACUUAAUCUCCAAGAAGCUAAAUAUUUUCAACCCAAAAUUCCUAUACACAAUUCUAUUCAUAAAUAAUAAAAAAUAAAGAUUUUGAUAACUUUCCAAUAAUUCAUCCUCUUGAUAAUAAUUAUAAAAAGACGUCUUAAUUUUCAUGUCUUAAAUAUAGUAAUGUUUGCCUUAAAGCAAGCUUAAUUGUUUAAAGUGAUGGGAUGUUUACUUCUUCAAACGAUCCUUAUGCAGUUUCUUUGUUUGGAGCUCUUAGUCCAUAAAAAGAUGAUGAUUCGAUUACAGAAUUGUUUUCAAGCUUUUUAAAUAAUAUUUUGUUUUAUUCUUAAAGGUCUAAUAAGCUAAAUAUAAUAUUUGAUACUUAGUCUUAUAGUAAAAUCAUUAAUUAUAACAUUCCUUCAAAUUUUAUUAAAAUUGUUGAGUUAGACAACUCUCAUAUUUUAGCACUCACCUAAGAUAAUUAGGAAAUAAAUAUUUCUUACAAGUAAAACAGAAAUAUAUUAACACUAAGUUAUACUCCUGAUUUUGCUAUAGAUCAAUUCUCUAUUGAUCAGUUUAAUGCCUUUAUCUUUGAUGAAGAAUUGUAAACAGUAUCAAAAGACUACUAAAAUUGUUGGAUAGUUGGAUCUUCAAGCGAUGGUGCCUAAUAGAUAGCUUAUGUAGAAAAUUUUUAGAUCUAAAUUAACAGUGGAUUUACUUUUGAUGGAAAAUUACAGAAAGUUAUGAAGUUCAAUAAUUUCUUUCUUCUAAUAACAUACACCUCUACUGAUACUUCAUUUUAGACUUAGGUUUACAUUCUUAAAAUAAGUAUUGAUAGCCAAACAUAAUAAACUAUCCUUUAAAAUGUAGCUGAAAUAGAUAAUUUACCAUUCGUGAUUAAUGUGAUUUAUGAUAGGCUAACACAGAGAAUAUAUUUUUAUGGGACUUCGGCUAGCAAAUAAUCUAACUACAUCUAUUAUAUCUUAUAUCAAGAUAUCUAAAAUGUAUUAAAAGGAUAGCUAGAUUAAUCUAAACUGUAAUAUUAUUAUGUUUAACCUGAUAUUAUGUAAUAAAUCAAACUAAAUAUUGUUAAUUUAUUUAUUUAUGAGUAUGCUGAUGAUGAGAGAAAUAUUUAUUAGUUAAAUGACUAGGAAAGUUCUUCAGUUCUAAUUAUUGUCACAACAAGAGAGAUUAUAACUAUAGCUUAAAAAUUAGAUCCUACUUCACCAUAAAUAUAUAGAAUCUUAAAUUAUUUAAACUCGUAAUAUUAAAUAUUAAAGGCGAAUAUUUCAAUUCCUCUAAAAUCUUUAAUUAUUUUUCCUUCAUUUCAAAGGACUUUAGAAAUUAGAAGUGUAAUUAAAUAAAAUCAAGCAAUUAAUUUAAUUUCUAAAAACAAUCUUUUCUACUAAAACAUUUUUUUUGUUGAUGAAGAAAUGCACUCUAGAUUUAUUCUAUGCGGUAAUACAAGUUGUCAGUACUUUAAAAUAGAAAAAAUAAAAAAUAGCCAACAAUAACAAUAACAAACAAAUGAUCAAUCAGCAGCAUAUGGUAAUUCUGGCUCAUAAGAAAAUAAUAAUUCACUAAAUUAAUAGAAUUUACCAAUAGGAUCUAUUGAUUAAAUAAGUAGAUAAUAAUAAUUAACGCAGCAGGAGAGAAUUGAUAUUGGUCCAAAUUAUUAGAUCGUUUAAAUUUUAACAUAUACUUAAUAAAUAACUCUCACAGAUGUUUAAAAUAUUGCUAUUUAUAGCUAAUUCAUUGAAACUAUGGGUAAUUCUUAUCAAUAAAUAAAUAUCAAAGAUUAUGAAACUGGUAAAUUAGUAAAUUCGAUUAUAAUCAAUUCAUACGCUAUUGAUCUUAUCUAUAAUAAAUAUUUAAAUAAUUUACAUAUCCUGAAUAAAGACUCAGUUAUGUUCUUCGAUAUUUCUGAAAUGAUGACUUAAAGCUCCCAAACAAUAACAGAUUCAAUUGCACCUAAUUUUAAUAUUAUUAAAUACUAUCAUAAAAUGAAAUAGACAACUAAUUCUUUAACUGAUUAAAAUUUUUAUUAUUUAAUUGGAAGCUAAAAUGGUCUCAUAUUAAAGUAAGAUUUUGAAAAAGAUAUUUUCUAAAUUGAAUUUUCACUAGGAUCAGAAAUUUUAGGAGGUUUUACAUUUAAAGAAUAUAACUAUUUUUAUUCCUUUGGAGCUAUAUUAAAAGUUACUUAAACAGACAGUAAUAAGAACACAUAUUAGAAAUAUUUAAACUUUAAUAAUUAAGGAUACAAGAUAUUAUAAUAAAAAUAAGAUAAUAACAUAGUAGUUUUGAAUGAAUAUUUAAUUGGAGUUUCGUAUCCUCAAACAUUAAAAGUAUAUUCAGAGUAAAAUGGUGAUAUUAUUUAAGUGAAGGAAUUAAAGUUGUAGAGUAAUAUUCUGAAUAUUUGUCAAGAUAACUAAACUUAUGAGCAGUAAUUUUUUAUAGCAGAUAAUAUUGACUUCUGUGCUAACUGA